AUGUCGCGGUUCGCAAAACGCGGCAGGUUGAAGGUGCUUGUCUUAUAUGGCAACAGUCGAAAACAGUUCUAUUCACGUCUGCUGGCAUUCGAAGCUAUUCGGAUACUCUUCCGGCUCGGUUGCGAUUUUCGCGUCUAUGACUCUACAGGACUACCUGUAAAAGGCAUCGUGCAGCAUUUGCACCCCAAUGUACAAGAAUCACGGGACCUUAGCAAGUGGAGCGAUGACCCCGUCUGGAUAAGUUGUGCCUUAGUAAUCGCGCAAGUCUGCGGCGGAUUUCAGUCUUUCAAUACAGUAAAUUCGCUGCGUAUUCUGGGACGAUGGAGAUAUAUCUUCACCACUCCAAUUCAAAGCUCAAGCCCGAUGGCCUGUACACAAUUCACAGAUGAGAAUGUAGAUAAAGGGGGCAGUAGGCUCAUGCCGAGCAGCAACAGGGACAAAUUGAUUGAUUGCAGACACGAAUUCGUCAAUUACACGGUAAGAUUGCGGCCAUACUCUGAUUUUUUCGGUGAUUGA